AUGACCCGAGCAUCGACGCCUAAAACUUCAGGCCUCAUGGAACGGGACCAAGAUGGCGACGGCGGGAAUGACACGAUACCGCUACAGUCCUCCCCUGGGCCGCAGAACCUGCCUGUCACGCAGGAUUUCCUACAGAAUUGUCUGGAGGAUAUGUCCAGAAAUAUUCUGACAUCCAUACACAGCACCCUGCGGGAGCUCCGCAAAGACAUGCAGGAGCUGGGAGACAGGACGGCAUGUGUGGAACAAAGAGGGGAAGAACAAGCCGCUGCGCAAAAUGGCAUGGCUGACCAAGUGCAACAUAUGCAGCAGCAGUUAGAAUACACCCAGCGCAAGGUCGUGGACCUGGAGGAUCGCUCUAGGCACCAGAAACUGUGA